AUGAUAUGCUCAAGAUUCCACAGCACUGAAUCAGAUAAGCUUGCCCAGACAGUAGCUGAUCUGACUAAAAAGCUCUGCACAGAACAAACUCCAUCUAGCUACCUAAAAGAGUUUGUUGCAGGAAGACUUAUACCCCUUGACAAAGAGCCUGGCUCUAUAGUUCCUGCCAUAAGACCUAUAGGAAUUGGAGAAGUCCUUCGAAGAAUCGUUGCCAAAGCAGUCACAAGAAUACUCAAGUUGGACAUCCAAAUGGCUGCUGGGAGUCUUCAAACAUGUUCAGGGACAGAGUCGGGCAUAGAAGCUGCUAUUCACGGAAUGAAAGCAGUUUUUGAGGACGAAGACUGCGAAGCAGUGUUGUUGAUCGAUGCCAAAAAUGCUUUUAACUCCCUCAAUAGAAAGGUAGCACUAAACAACAUAAGAGAACUGUGUCCAUCUCUUCAUUGCUUCCUCCAAAACUGUUAUCAAGAUUCAACAGAUCUAUACAUAGUGGAUGAAAAGGGACAGCUUGAAAUCAUCAAGGGAGAAGAUGGUUCAACCCAAGGCGACCCAGCAGCCAUGGCUAAAUAUGCAAUAUCAAUAAGACCAUUAAUGGAUGACAUCACCAGAAACCAAGACCAUAUGUUACCCUUAGCAAAACAAGCCUGGUUUGCAGAUGAUGGAACAGCAGGGGGAAAACUUCUUCAGCUUAAGAAGCUCUGGGACACCUUACAACAGUUAGGACCAAAGUAUGGUUAUUUCCCAAAUGCUACAAAGACUGUGUUAAUAGUCAAGGACCUAGUAAAUCUUCCUGCAGCUAAUGCUAUCUUCAAAGACUCAGGGGUUCACAUAAAGAGGGAUGGAGACAGACACCUUGGGGCUGUUAUUGGAUCAGAAAACUACAGAGACCUUUAUGUGAAAAAUAAAGUUUCAUCCUGGAUUGAAGAUGUUAAACAACUGGCUGAGAUUGCCAAAGAAGAACCUCAAAUAGCAUAUUCUGCUUACACUAAAGGGUUGAGUCAUAGAUGGUCUUUUGUUCAAAGAACAAUUGGAGGGAUAUCAGAGCUGUUUAGACCCCUCGAAGAAGCAAUUAGAACAAUACUUCUUCCUUCUAUAUUCAAUCGCCCAGUAACAGACCUAGAGAGAGACAUGGUCGCACUACCUCUUAGACACGGUGGCUUAGGAAUUCAAAAUCCUGUUCAUACAGCAGACAGAGAAUACGAGGCGUCACAGAAAAUCACAAAACCUCUGGCUAAUCUUAUCUAUAACCAAGAUCAUGAUCUAGGCAAACUUGACCUCAAAGCUAUUGCAAACACCAAAGCAGCACUGAAAGCUGAAAAAGAAAAAGAUUUUGCAGCAGAGAGACUCAGAAUAGAAAACGCAAUAAGUUCUCCAGCAAAGAAAAGAUCGUUUUCACUGGCUACACAAAAAGGCAGUUCAUCCUGGCUGUCAGCCCUCCCAAUGCAGUCUUAUGGUUACUGCUUGAACAAGAAGGACUUUAGAGAUGGUAUAUGUUUGCGAUAUGGCUGGCCUAUACAAGAUAUUGCUAAACACUGUGCGUGUGGAGAAAGAAACUCCGUCGAUCAUGCCCUUUCUUGUAAAAAAGGAGGGUAUGUUUCCUUUAGACAUACAGUGCUUGUAGAAACCGAAGCAGAUCUACUACGUGAGGCUAAAUGUAGAAACGUUUAUACUGAGCCAGCUCUCUUACCAACGUCUCCAGAACUUCAUCCCAAAGGAACUACUACUGACAGCGGAGCAAGGCUAGAUAUUGUUGCAACUGGAUUAUAUGGCAGGAAUGCCAGGACUUUCAUGGAUGUAAGAAUAACACACCCAAAUGCACCAUCAAACCUUAAUGUUCCCCUGGACAAGUUGUACAAGAGAAAUGAGGAAGAAAAAAAAACUAAGUAUAACUCACGAGUCAUCAACACUGAAAGAGCGUCUUUCAUUCCUCUAGUGUUUUCUACAGCAGGGACUACAGCACCAGAAUGUGACAGAUUUCACAAACGUCUUGCUAGAUUGAUAUCAAAGAAGAGAAAGGAGAGCUACACAGAUGUUAUCAACUACAUCAGGACCAAGAUAUGCUUUGCUAUGCUCAAAAGCAUAGUGGUAUCAGUUCAUGGUGUGAGGAGUCAAGAAGAAAAGAAAGUAACAAAAACGGUUGCUGACACAGCAUUUGGACUUAUACCUAGUAUGACCUCUUAUGAGUGCCGUUAA